AUGGCGCAAAAGCAUAUAUGGUCUGGUAUUCCCUUGUUCCCUAUAUUGGUUAUGUUCCUCAUUUCUCUUCUAGCAGAAACUAAUCGAGCUUCGUUUGAUCUCCUAGAAGCCGAAGCUGAAUCAGUUGCAGGCUAUAAUGUAGAAUAUGCGCUGGAUGCGAUCCUUAAUAGUCCAUUGUUGGCGGAAGCCUAUGUCCCUUGGUCCCGGGGACUCAUUCUGACUGAAACAAGGGGUGGGUCUUUACCAACUUCAAAAUAUUCGAUUUUAGGGAAGCCAACUGAAAAACGGAUGUGCGCUAGUAGAGCGGCUCGCUUCGCUUUUGUUGCGUAG